AUGGCGCUCCGUCACGGCCCUCGAGGAGCAUCAGAGGAGCUAGUGCAACCCAAGAGACCGGAUCUCUCCGCUGCUGCGGUGCUCGCCCUCGUCGCCCUCCUCGCGGCGUCCCUCCUCCCCGCCGCUCACGCGCGCAAGGACGCGCUCAGCUCCGCGGACAACGCUUCCGCCACCACCUCCGCCCUCCCCGCGUUUGCCUCCACGGAUGCUGCCGUCUCCGCCGUCUCCGCCGCCGCUGCGGGUGGCGCGAGCGGCGCGGAGGCGAUCGCGGAUAUGAUUCAGCGUCAGGGCCCGCGGAUUCUCAACGUGGAGUCUUAUAACGCGGAUGAGCCUCUCCCGGAGCACCUGAAGGACAUGGAGACGCACAGGCGCGAGCUUCAGUGGAAGCCCCCCCUUACCGAUAGUGACCUCAUCUCAAAUGCUGGCAGUGCUGGGGGCCCCGGCCGCUUGCCGCUCGUCUGCUAUGCCUCAUCUCAUCUCAAAUGCCUCCUCUCAUAUGCCUCAUCUCAUAUGCCUCAUCUCAUAUGCCUCAUCUCAUAUGCCUCAUCUCACAUGCCUCGUCUCAUAUGCCUCAUCUAA